AGACAUUUUCUGCUCUGUUUAACUUGGUGUUCACGACCCGCAACAAAAACCAGUCUUAAGUAGACAUGUCACCACCAAAAGCCAUCGGUAUCGAUUUGGGAACGACGUACUCUUGCGUCGGUGUUUGGCAAAAUGAUCGUGUUGAGAUCAUCGCCAACGACCAGGGUAAUCGGACGACGCCCUCAUAUGUCGCUUUCCUUGACAAUGAGCGGCUAAUCGGCGAUGCCGCAAAGAACCAAGUCGCUAUGAACCCUCAUAACACUGUAUUCGACGCUAAGCGUCUUAUCGGCCGCAAAUUCGAUGAUGCGGAAGUGCAGGCUGAUCUCAAGCACUUCCCUUUCAAGGUUGUCAGCAAGGCUGGCAAGCCUUACAUUCAGGUGGAGUACCGUGGCGAGACCAAGGAAUUCACGCCCGAGGAAAUUUCAUCUAUGGUCCUCACCAAGAUGAAAGAGACCGCUGAGGCGUACCUUGGAUACGCCGUCAACAACGCGGUCGUCACUGUUCCCGCAUACUUCAAUGACUCGCAGAGACAGGCCACUAAGGAUGCUGGGACUAUCUCUGGUUUGAACGUCCUCCGUAUCAUUAACGAACCCACCGCCGCUGCUAUCGCUUACGGUUUGGACAAGAAAGUGACUGGCGAGCGUAACGUCCUCAUCUUUGACCUUGGCGGUGGAACUUUCGAUGUUUCCCUUCUGACAAUCGAGGAGGGUAUCUUCGAGGUCAAGGCCACCGCCGGUGACACCCACUUGGGUGGUGAGGACUUCGACAACCGUCUGGUCAACCACUUCGUCCAGGAAUUCAAGCGCAAGCACAAGAAGGAUGUCUCCUCUAACGCUCGUGCCCUCCGCCGUCUCCGCACCGCUUGCGAGCGUGCUAAGCGCACUCUCUCUUCCGCCACCCAAACUUCUAUCGAAAUCGACUCCCUCUUCGACGGUGUUGACUUCUACACGUCCAUCACCCGUGCUCGUUUCGAAGAACUGUGCCAGGACUUGUUCCGUAGCACCCUUGAGCCCGUCGAGAAGGUCCUUCGUGACUCGAAGAUUGACAAGGGGAACGUGCAUGAAAUCGUUUUGGUCGGUGGAUCCACCCGUAUUCCUCGUAUCCAGAAACUCGUCUCCGACUUCUUCAACGGCAAGGAGCCCUGUAAAAGCAUUAACCCCGACGAGGCGGUUGCCUACGGUGCCGCUGUCCAGGCCGCUAUCCUUUCCGGUGACACUUCGGAGAAGACUCAGGAUCUCCUGCUUCUCGACGUCGCUCCUUUGUCGCUUGGUAUCGAGACAGCCGGCGGUGUCAUGACGCCUCUCAUCAAGCGCAACACGACUGUCCCGACGAAGAAGUCUGAGAUCUUCUCCACAUACUCGGAUAACCAGCCCGGUGUCUUGAUUCAGGUGUACGAGGGUGAACGUGCGCGGACAAAGGACAACAACCUGCUCGGCAAGUUCGAGCUCACUGGUAUUCCUCCUGCUCCUCGUGGCGUUCCUCAAAUUGAGGUUACCUUCGAUAUCGACGCUAACGGUAUCUUGAACGUCUCGGCUUCCGACAAGACUACCGGCAAGUCGAACCGUAUCACCAUCACCAACGACAAGGGUCGUCUGUCGAAGGACGAAAUCGAACGCAUGGUUUCGGAGGCCGAGAAGUACAGGGCCGAGGAUGAGGCCGCGGCCGCCCGUAUCCAGUCCAAGAAUGGUCUCGAGUCGUACACAUACAACCUCCGCAACUCCAUCAAUGACGAUAAGCUUGCCGGCAAGUUUGAUCCUGCCGACAAGGAGAAACUCGAAACCGCCAUCAACGAGACCAUCAGCUGGCUCGACAGCUCACAGGAAGCCUCGAAGGAGGAGUACGAUGGCAAGCAAAAGGAGUUGGAGGCUGUCGCCAACCCAAUUAUGCAGAGGCUGUACGGUGCUGCUGGUGGAGCACCAGGCGGCUUCCCUGGUGCUGGUGGUUUCCCCGGCGGUGGUGCUGCGCCUGGCGGCUUCCCUGGAGCUAGCGAGGACGGUCCAUCAGUCGAGGAGGUUGACUAAAGGACUCGACUCAUUGAUUCCGCUAUGCCUUCAUGGAUCAACGACUUGCAUUUGGUAGUACGCUGUAGUAUUUGCAUCGAAUAAUCACGCAGAGCCAACUUGUAUGUUACAUAUCGCAUUUCCUUUAGAAAUCUUAUUCUCUCUUGGCGUCGAA